CUGCUCUGCGUCUUCACCCUGUUUCGGUCGUUUGUACCGCGUAGUCGAACAUCAAUAUUUUUAUAGCCAAGCUUUGAAAGCACCUGUGCCCGCCCAGUACCGUGCGCAUCCUAGUACACAUUGACCCAGCCAACCGUGCUCGCACACACACACGCACAUGGUAACGCUGCUAUGGCUAGACGGUAACAAUCAACGAUGGCACCGACAGUGACGUAUUCGUGGUUGACUUUUUGGCGUUGCGUGAAACCGGUUUCCAAAUUUUUGAUGUAGUGCGUGAGAGAAUCAAAUUUGAAAAGUGUUUGUGAAAACAAGAAAAAAAAAGAGGAAAAGAACAGUGCAAACCUCCAUUACCGCCACAAUCUGCAAUGGCUAAAAAUCGCGAAAUCAUUCAGCUGCACGUUGGGCAGGCGGGCGUACAGAUGGCCAGUGCCUGCUGGGAGCUGUACUGUCUCGAGCACGGCAUCUAUCCGGACGGGCUGUUUUGCGACUGUUCGAUCAACGAGGACUGCAGUGCGUUCUUUAGCUGUGACCGGUCGGGGCAGUGUGUGCCGCGCGUGCUGCUAGUCGAUCUGGAACCGUCCGUGGUGGACGAGAUACGGAUCGGCACGUACCGGGAUCUGUUUCAUCCGAGCUCGCUGCUAACCGGGUGUGAAGAUGCGGCCAGUAACUUCGGCCGGGGCCACUAUCGGCUCGGCCAGACGAUGAUCGAACCGGCGAUGGAUCGGUUGCGCAAGCUGUGCGAACACUGCUCCUCGCUGCAGGGCUUCAUGAUGUUUCACAGCGUGGGCGGCGGUACGGGGGCCGGCCUGGGGACGCUGCUGCUCGAACGGCUCGGUGAGGACUUUGGCAAGGCGUCGCGCAUGGAGUUUGACAUCUUUCCGUCGCCGAAGAUAUCGCCGGUCAUCGUGGAACCGUACAACGCGAUACUGGCCUCGCACGUCGCGAUGGAGCACAGCGACUGCACGUUCGUGCUAGACAACGAGGCACUGUACGAUGUGUGCGAUCGCAGCCUGAGCGUGCGCGAACCGACCUACACCAAUCUGAACCGGCUGGUCGCGCAGGCCGUGUCGUGCGUUACCGCGUCGCUGCGCUUUUCCGGCGCGAUUAAUGUGGAUCUGCUCGAGUUCCAGACGAACCUGGUACCGUUCCCGCGCAUACACUAUCCGCUGGUGACGUACGCACCGCUGGCGCCGGGCAGUACGGCCCGGCACGAGCAGCCGACGACGGCCCAGCUCACGUACGAGUGCUUCGAGCCGGGCAACCAGCUGGUCAAGUGUGAUCCCCGGGCGGGCCGGUACAUGUCGUGCUGUCUGCUGUACCGGGGAAACAUUGCACCGAUCGAGAUCAAUCGGGCGCUGCUCGAAAUGCGCUCGAAUCGCUCGAUCCAGUUCGUGGACUGGUGCCCGACCGGGUUCAAGAUUGGCAUCAACUUUCAGCCGCCGAUCGCGGUGCCGGGGGCCGAUCUGGCACGGUCCGAUUUGGCGUGCUGCAUGCUCGCGAACAAUACCGCCAUCCGGACGGCAUGGACAAGGGUGGCCGACAAGUUUCAGCGGAUGUACGAUCGGAAAGCUUUUUUCUACCAUUAUCUGAGUGAAGGUUUGGAGGAGCAAGAUCUCACCGAGGCUAUCGAAAACAUUCGCACGCUUAUCAAAGAUUACGAGGAAAUUGAAAAAUAAGCGGUACAUCUCGUU